UGAGCGGAAGCCGGUGCGGGGUCUGAGAAGGUGAGCUGGUUGUUCUCCCGUCUGGGAACGUCAGGGUAUGGGAAGCCGAGAGAAGCCUGGCAGGUGGACUUGUGCCAGUCGCUGAAGCUCAUUUUCUCAGCCCAUGGAAAUUUUUACAUUUUGACUUUUGUCUUACAAUGGCUUCCAUUCACAAAUUACUGGCUGGUACUUAUAUUCAUAGAAACUUCCUGAAGCCAAGGGCUGCCUUGCGUCCAUUUAUGGGUGUUCACUCUGUAGAAUAUUCUUCCAGUCAUCUUCAGAAACCGGUGGCUUCUGCUGACGGAGUCUCACAGCAGAAGUCUGAAGAGGUUUUACAAGAGGACCCCCACAAAGACGUUGCUGUGGAUAUAACUUCUCCUGACAAGACACCUGAACUCAGUUUUGAUAAAGCGAUCAGAGAUGACGCAGUGGAGCAUCUUAGGCGUUUGAAGAAUGAAAUUAGGGCUCACUGGAUAGGCCCAGAAGGCCGCCCACUACAAGAGGUCCUAAUGGAGCAAGCCAAGGUUGUCUGGCAGUUUCGUGAGAAAGAAGAUUUGGAGAAAUGGAUGGUUACUUCUGAUAAGACAAUCGGAGGCAGAAGUGAGAUAUUCUUGAAGAUGGCCAAGAACAACCAGAGUGCUCUGCUCUAUGGAACUCUGAGCACUGAGGCACCUCAGGAUGGAGACAGUAGCCAGAGUGGCUACUGUGCCAUGAUAUCCAGGGUUCGAAGGGGCUCUUUUGAGAGGAAGCUGUCUUAUGAUUGGUCCCGGUUCAAUACUUUGUAUCUCCGAGUCCGUGGGGAUGGUCGGCCUUGGAUGGUGAAUAUCAGGCAAGACACAGACUUUAUCCAGAGAAAAAAUCAAAUGUACAGUUACUUCAUGUUCACCCGUGGGGGGCCCUACUGGCAGGAAGUCAAGAUUCCUUUCUCCAAAUUCUUCUUCUCAAAUCAAGGAAGGAUACGAGAUGGCCAGUGCCCACUCGUCCUUGACAAGAUCUCUUCUAUAGGAUUCACCCUGGCAGAUAAGGUGGAUGGACCGUUCUUUCUGGAAAUAGAUUUUAUUGGUGUGUUUACUGAUCCAGCCCAUACAGAAGAAUUUGCUUAUGAAAAUUCUCCAGCUCUUAGCCCAGGACUUUUCAAAUAGAGAACUGGGGGCAGACUUCAGUAAAACUGAGUAGUGGUCACAAAAUACAAAAUACAAAAUAAAGCCUUUCUGUCUACCA